AAGCAGAGUAACGUCACAAGGCCAGGUGCUGCUUCUGGACGUGUACUUUGAUAUAGAGACGUAUUCACUCUAAUGCUGCUCUGUGGAUACCAGACAUGGGUCUGAUCUCUACAUCAACAGUCAUCUGGAUUUUUCUUUUUCUUCUGCCUUCAGCUGUGGUCUGUAAUCUGGAAGGGUCUCUGCACAGAGAUCUGAUGAGAGGUUACAAGAAAAACAUACGGCCAUCGGAGCACAAUGAAGACAUCACCAAUGUAAAAAUCAAGAUGACCCUCACCAACCUCAUUUCUCUGAAUGAAAAAGAGGAGACGCUCACCACUUGUGUUUGGAUUGAGAUGCAAUGGCGUGAUUAUAGACUCCGUUGGGCUAACAGGACAGGGUUUGAAGUCUAUGAGAACAUCACUCGCAUGCGUCUCCCCUCUAAAUCCAUCUGGCUGCCUGACGUUGGUCUGGAAAACAAUGUGGAUGGGAAAUUCGAGGUGGCCCUUUACACUAACGCGCUGAUAGAUCCUGAAGGCAGCGUGUACUGGUUGCCCCCGGCCAUCUACCGAAGCUCCUGCGCCAUUAAAGUCAACUAUUUUCCCUUUGACUGGCAAAACUGCAGCAUGGUGUUCAGGUCUCAGACAUACAAUUCUAAUGAGAUUAAACUGAUGCUGGCAGAUGAGGACAACAUCACCAUGGAAUGGAUUGAGAUUGAUCCAGAAGCUUUUACUGAGAAUGGGGAAUGGAUUAUUAAGCACCGCCCUGCUAAGAACGUUGUAAAUCCACGAUACAGCCCAGAUGAGUUGGAGUACCAGGAGAUCGUCUUUUUCCUCAUCAUACAGAGGAAGCCACUGUUCUACGUCAUUAAUAUCAUCGUACCCUGCGUCCUCUUCUCCUCUCUUGGAUUACUUGUCUACUUCCUGCCAGCCAAAGCUGGAGGACAGAAAUGCACCAUGACCAUAGCAAUACUGCUGGGUCAGACCAUCUUCCUGUUCCUUAUCGCCAAGAAAGUUCCAGAAACCUCAAAAGCUGUGCCUCUUAUUGGCAAGUAUCUGAUGUUUGUGAUGUCCGUGACCACUGUAACUGUGAUGAACUGUGUGGUUGUGCUGAACGUUUCACUACGAACUCCAAACACACACCCCAUGAGCAACAAUGUUAGAAAGGUCUUUCUGAACAUUCUUCCUCGCCUGCUGAGGAUGACGAUGCAGCGCUGGACCCCCGAGAACAGGGAAGAUGUUGGGGAUUUCAAGAUGUUCGCCCUGGGCAAUGGGACUCCGCUCCGGCACAGGAGACGCAGCUCUCUGGGACUGAUAGCGAAGGCGGAUGAGUACAUGUUCAGAACGGCUCGCUCGGAGCUGAUGUUUAGUCAGCUGAAGGAGAGGAAAGGACUGCUGAAGAACACUUUAGAGAAAAUACAAAAUGGUCUGGCAAGAGACACAGCACAGGAUCUGGAAUCCAGCUUGGCUUUGGCGUCACCAGAAGUGCAGCAAUGUGUGGCUUCCUGCAAACACAUCGCUGAAAGUGCCAAACAUCAAAAGGACUUUCAAAGUGAAAAUGAGGAGUGGUUUCUGGUCGCCAGGGUGAUUGACAGGAUGUGUUUCAUCGUCAUGGUGUUGCUGUUUAUACUGGGCACCAUUGGAAUCUUCUUGACGGGCCAUUUUAACCAGGCACCGUCACAGCCUUUCCCUGGAGAUCUUAAAAAAUACCUGCCCGAAAUCUCACCUGGGGACGUCACAACUGAAGAGCUACUAGAAAAACUCUAGACCAGCAUAGAAAACUGAAGGACGUCGUUGACUUCAGAGAAAGAUGACCAGCAGGUUUUGCUACAGCAAAACUAAGGAAAUAGAACUUUCAGUGUUUCAGUUUAUAGUCAUGGGUACCGAAAGUGAUUUGGAGAAAAUGUCAGAUCUGAAAGCAUUUUAAUGCUUAGAGGAGUUUUUUACAGUUAUAAAUGUAAUGUGUUCAUACAUGAAGUU